AUGUCUGAAUAUCUCGGAUGGCGUGACCGUAAGCCUGCGCACGGUAGCAGCCGUCACUCAGACUUCGACCGAGAUAUCAUUCCGGGCGGAGCGCACACGAAGAGCUACGAGAGCUACGUGAAGAACAUCUUUCAUCCGACGAAUAGGCUGAGGAAUAAGGUUGGCUACAGUAGGAAACGUUCAAACUGAAUCUGUUCAGGACAAAGAUCAACUGAUCCGCGACCACGGACUUUCCGCCACGAGCAUGUUACGCGCCGAACGCGAGUUCGGAAGAAGUGCUCUGGACGACAAGUACGACAGAGAUCACUUCUUCGAGAAGAUGCCUCUUGAGAACCUCUAUGGCGAGUUGGGACUCAAGAAUCCGACGGUAAAUUAGGUUAAAUCAAAGACGAAACUUAAAUACUCUUUCCAGACAACCUCGUACCGCAGUUUCCAAGUGUACGAGCCGAAAUCGUCGUCGGAAUACUUUGCGACCACUUACGAAGCGGAGAGAGAACGGAGAAAGAAGGAUUUGGAGCGAGAGAUUGGGAGUUAUGACAAGGAAGAGUACGAGGAGUACACGGGGCAGCCGAAGAAGAACUUGUACUCGUCGCUUUCCAGUUACAGACCGGUUAGUUCAGAUCAAACGUGCGAGAAUUCAAGAGAUCGUUUCAGCCUUUGAGCAGUUACAAGUCACGCGAAGAUGAGGAGUACGAGAAGAACAACAGGAAGACUCUGAUCGACUACAAAGACUUUGACAGGUAACUAACUCGAGAGAGAUAUCGUUUUUAUUCCAAUCCUAUUCAGCUCGCCUCUCUCGCCGUAUCUCUACCAAUCUCACCCGUACGUCCGCAGCCAAGACUCCAGAAUCAUCGGCUCCAACUUUGUGCAACUCACCUCGCGCCCGAAGGACCAGUUCAUCUCCAAGAUCGAGGAGACUCUGGCGAUGGUCCGUGAUAUGCCCAGAUACUAA